CUAACUGCUAUUGCUAUUGCUAAGAAAGGAGACGCAUGAGCGUGCUGGAACAAUCUGUAGGUGGAUCUCCAGCAGCACAACAUUCCAGAACUGUGAUGCUUGACUCACCAUUGGUAGAGACUGAGGGUCAGGCCGGUCUUCCUGGAAGAGACCAUCUCCACAAAAUAUUUAGGGAUUUCCCUGCCAUCUAGACUGUCUCUUAACUGUCCAGCAGCCAAUUUCACUGCAUCAUGAGCUGAUGUCACAAAGCUUCUUCAUUCAAGACCCAUCCUCUCCAAGAGAAACCUUCUGCGUCUUCAGGGCCCCUCGAAGGGGACCGGUUCCUGAGCUCAAUGCCCACCCAUGUCGGUGGUGAAAUCUAUUGAGCUAGUGAUACCUAAGGAAGUCUACCUGGCAGGCUCGACCGUCGAGGGGCAGCUGAUUCUCAGUCUUCACAGCACCCUAGUGGACCCUCUGCUGAAGGUUGACCUCAUUGGAAGAGGCUACCUGGAGUGGACGGAAGAGGCCCACUUGGAGAAGGACUACAGCCAGCGAGCCACCUGCGUCAACAAGGCGGACUACGUUUACAAGACGAAAACAUUCAAGAUUGAACAUAACUGGCUGGGCCCAGGUGUGCAUAAGUUUGAUUUCGACUUCGUCUUACCGCCAAGGAUCCCGUCCACUUUCACCAGCCGCGUGGGGAGAAUCAGCUACUUCCUCCAAGCCCUCUGUGCCACGCGAGAACUUAUCCUGGGCAAGCAGAAAAAAUACAUCUUGGUUCAAGGGACUUCCCUCUACAGCCAGGACACAGUGCAAUCCAAGGUACAGGUCGUCCUCCUCUUACAACCUCUCGCUUAGUGACCCUUCGACCUUACG